AUGUCGGGUAUCGAUGACAUUGACCUCAACUGGCACGCUGAUCCCACUGCCGGCAGUCGGCCGCAACACAUUUGCGACAUUUGCGGCCGUGGAUAUACGACCAAACACAUUCUUGCCGACCAUAGGAAAACUCACACCGUCACGCAACCUUUCGCAUGUGACAUAUGUGGUCAAAUUCUUAAGACACCUAAAACACUGGAGCACCAUAAAAUUGUAAAACACACGUCGGAAAAAAAGUUCGAGUGUGACCUAUGCGGCAAAUAUUUCCAAGCGAAAGAACAGCUGAGGAUACACGUGUUGCUGCACAGAUCGAAACAGCCGCACCCGUGUCCGCAGUGUGGAAAAGUUUUUCAAGCUCGACAUUACCUAGCGAGGCAUAUGAGUGUUCACAGCGAUGAGCGACCGUUCAAAUGCGAAUUCUGCGUGGCAUCCUAUAAGUCACACAGUAACCGACUGCAACACCAGAAAACCCACACAACCGUGAAGCAACCGUUCCAGUGUGACACAAUGGUCGCAUCAUGUUGUGUUUCACCGAAAUCUGCUAGCAAUCGCCAGAUCCAAACCACUUCCUGGCAUGCCUCACUCAGCAAUACGUACUCGGCUUCCAUUGACGAAAGAGAUGCUGAGCUCUGUUUGCGACUGAUCCAGCUGAUAGCCGCACCAUCGAAGAAAAGUAUUCCGCCACUUGUUGAUUUUCUGGUGGAUAAAUCCCCAGCCCAGUCGGCAUCCGAAUAUGCAACUAACAAUGCUGAUCCUACUGCUGCUGGUAGCAGUCAGCCGAAACACAUUUGCGACAUCUGUGGUGCAUCGUACAAAUCACGUUAUGGUUUACACUAUCACAGGAAAAUACGGAGCCACCGGCAAAACUUCCACAGCUGGAAACACGCUUGUGCUAUCUGUGACCGAGAGUUCACCACCAAAUAUACUCUCACCGGUCAUCUGAGAGCUCACACCGGAGAGCGACCGUUCGAGUGUGACCUAUGUCACAAAACUUUCAUCAGACGCGUAGAACUAAAUUAUCAUACAAUCGAAAACCACACGCAGGAAAAGAAUUUCGACUGUGCGGAAUGCGGAAAAAAAUUUUACUUGAAAAAACAACUAACAAGGCAUCUGAAAAUACAUAACCUCAAACAUGUUCCCAAACAUAACCCGGAUCGCGCAUACAAGUGCCUAACAUGCGGAAAGGUCUAUAAGAAUAAAUUUUCGCUCGUUGAGCACAUGCAUCGACACUCAGGUGGGCAAGCAUACAUUUGCGACAUCUGCGGAGCAUCGUACAAGUCAAAUUCCGGGUUACGCCUGCACAGGAAAAUCCACACAUCCACAUCCGUUGAGCCAAAACCUUACGAAUGUGACCAGUGUAGCACUCGAUUCACUCACAAGGGUAGUCUCAAUUUUCACAAGCAGAAAAACUGUCCGUCAAGUUCCAGUAGUUCUGGAAUGCAGAAGGCAAGCUUGGAUAGGAAAACAUCCGACGAACCGCCGCUGUUCCGGUGUGAGAUAUGCGGUUUAACUUUCGUGUCAGCUCGAGCGUGGAAAAUUCAUUGCACUAAGAAGCAUACGAUGGAAAAGUGUUUCAAAUGCGAAUUUUGCGGUAAAGAUUACCACAGAACGGAGCAGUUGAUUAAGCACCUGAAAUCGCACAGCACGGAGCGUCCGCAUAAAUGCGAAAUCUGCGGUUUAUCGCUCAGAACUACCGUUGGAAUGAGUCGUCACAUGAGAAAACACCUACAGCUGGGAAGUUUGAAGGUGCCCAAAGAGCGAAUGAGUAACGCAAAAGUUGACACGCCUAUUUCGGAUUCAAAGGAUGCUAAAGUUGUCCCAAGUAAAGAAACAACUCACUUAGACAGUCAAGUCUGUUCUACCGACAAUUCCUCUAUUUCAAAGACGAACGAACGCCGCUCCGAACCACCAUCGGUGGAAUGGGCUAAGUUCCGUCGGUACAAAUGCAACAUCUGCGGUGCAACGUAUAAGUCGCGGAGCGGCUUAGCGCUUCACCGGAACAUUCACACUUCGGUCGAUCCGAAACCGUACAAAUGUGACUUGUGCGGUUCGCAGUACAUUCAGAAAAAACUAGAAGAGAAGAUGAAAGGGAAUCUGUCCGGCUUCGCCGAUGAUAUGGCGAAUGACGGAAUUGAUUAUGAAUGGAUCGAUACGGAAACAGGAAAUGUGGAUCAAGAUUAUUGUUAUUCAGAUGAUGAAGAUGUUUCUGAUAUGCACGAUGAGGAACGUCAGCAGCAUCUAAGCAACUGGCACGCUCUGGCGGUGGAUGAUCCUACUGACGGCAGUCAGUCGAAGCACGUUUGCGAUAUCUGCGGCAACGGGUAUAAGACCAAACCCGUCCUUGCAUUGCACAGGAAAAUUCACUUCGCAACGCAUACUUUCGAGUGUGAUACAUGUGGUAAAAUUUGUAAGACACCCAGAACACUGCAGGAGCAUAAAAUUACAAAACACACCUCGGAAAAGAAAUUUGCGUGCAGCGUAUGCAGUAAAAAUUUCCCUCUGAAACAUCAGCUAACGAGGCACAUGAAGCUGCACAGCUCGGAACGCCCGCACCGGUGUCCAGUGUGUGGAAAAGAUUUUCUAUAUCAAAAUGAGCUUACACGGCAUAUGCCUCUUCACAGCGAUAAGCGGCCGUUCGUAUGCGACAUCUGCGACGCAUCCUAUAUGAGACACAAUAGCCUGCUGAAUCACAGGAAGUACCACACAACCGCUGAUCGCAAACCGGACCUCUACAACCGGGAACAGCGCGAACUCGCUUGUGAAGUCUGUGACCGAAAAUUCGUCACCAAUUAUGCUCUCACGCGUCACCUGGGAACCCACACCAGAGAGCGACCAUUCGAGUGUGACAUUUGUCACAAAACUUUCAUCGGAGCCAAUAUACUUGAGUACCAUAAACUCAAACAGCAUACCCAGCAAAAGAAUUUGAACUGUCCAGAAUGCGGAAAAAUUUUUCAUUUCAGAAAACAAUUAACAAGGCAUCUGAGGCUGCAUAAGCUGGAUCGCAUACACGCGUGUCUGACAUGCGGAAAAGUCUAUACGCGUAACUCUGGGCUCGUUGCGCACAUGCAGGUACACACAGCUGAACGGGUAUAUAUUUGCGACAUUUGCGGUGCAUCAUACAAGUCACGUGGCGGAUUACACUGUCACAGGAAAAUCCACACAUCCGUUGGUCCAAAACCUUACGAAUGUGAUCAGUGUAAUGCUCGAUUCACUAAAAAAGGUACUCUCAAUUCUCACAAAAAGAAACGCUGUCCGUCAAGUUCCAAUUCUGGAAUGCAGAAGAAGGAAAGCUUGGAUAGGAACAAAUCUGACGACGAACCGGCGCUGUUCGAGUGUGAAGUUUGCGGUGAAGGUUACCACAUAAAGCAGCAGCUGGAGAAGCACCUGAAAGCGCACAGCGCGGAGCGUCCGCAUAAGUGCGAUAUUUGCGGCAAGGAUUUCACUUUCCGCUUUUCGCUUGUGAAACAUGCGCGCGAGCACAGCAGUGAGCAGCACCCGAAGUUGCUUCUCUUCUGUUCCAGCAACUGGCACGCUGAUCCUACGGGUGACAGUCGACCGAAACACAUUUGCGACAUCUGCGGCCAUGGAUAUAAGACCAAACACACUCUUGCGGACCAUAGGAAAACUCACACCGCAACGCAACCUUUCGAAUGUGACAUCUGUGGUCAAAUUUGUAAGACACCCAAAAUACUGCGGCUGCAUAAAAUUGUAAAACACACGUCGGAAAAAAAAUUCGCAUGUAACGUAUGCGGCAAUGAUUUCCAUAUGAAAAGACAGUUAACGACGCACUUGAGGCUGCACAACCCGGAGCACAACACGCACCGGUGUACGGUUUGUGGAAAAGAUUACCGUUCUCGAUAUAACCUCGCGCAGCAUAUGUUGGCGCACAGCGGCGAGCGACCGUACGAAUGCGACCUCUGCGACGCAUCCUUUAGGUUGCACGGUAGCCUACGGGUUCACCGACAAACCCACGACGAUCAACGCAACCGGAAACAGCGCGAACACGCUUGUGAUAUCUGUGACCGCAAAUUCGCCGAUAACUAUAAUCUCGCGAUUCACUUGAGAACUCACACCGGAGAACGACCGUUCGAGUGCGACGUGUGUCAUGAAACUUUCGCUAGAAGUGAUGUACUUAAGAAACAUAAAGUCAAAAACCACACGCAGGAAAGGAAUUUUAAAUGUCCAGAAUGUGGUAAUGAAUUUUACUUGAAAGAACAACUGACAAGGCAUCUGACGACGCAUAACCCGGAUCGCUCACACAAGUGUCUGACCUGCGGAAAAGUCUAUAAGAAUAAACAUUCGCUCGUUGAUCAUAUGCACCUACACACAGAUGGGGGAACAUAUAUUUGCGACAUCUGCGGCGCAUCAUACAAGUCACGUGGCGGCUUAAACGUACACAAAAAAAUUCACGCCGUUGAGACCAAGCCUUAUGAAUGUGACCAGUGUAGUUCUCGAUUCGCUCAACAGAGUAGUCUCAAUUUUCACAAAAAGAACCAUUGUCCGUCAAGAUGCAGUUCUGGUAUGCGGAGGGAAAGCUUGGAUAGGAACAACACCGACGAACCGGCGCUGUUCAAGUGUGAAGUGCCCACAAAAAGCGAAUGA